AUGUUGCAUGCGGAUAAAUGUUUACGAGAAGAAAGAUUUUUUAUACCAGAAAAAUUGUGCAACAAAUCGUUUAAUGAGUGGAAUUGGACAGUUGCUGAAUUUAUUCAUAAAUGGGAAGAAGAGAAUAUGAGUAAUAAAAUUGGUGAAAAUAAAGACGCUCAAUGGUUAGCCGAACAAUUAAGAUUGGUCAAGCCUAAAGGUGAAGAUGAAAUAUAUAAAUUAUUCAUAUUACUUUAUACAUAUGAAUGUUUUUUAUACAAAUUAAUAAAUAAGACUUUAAGAGAAGAUGAUUAUAGUAAAAUUCAAACAUUGGCUCCAUUUUGUGGUUUAUUACAUACAAGUAAUUGUGUAGCUGCAACAAAAUCGUAUAUUUAUAAAGGUAAAGUUUAUCGUGGAAUGCAUUUAGAUCAAGAACAAAUUGAAUGUUCUAACCAAGCUAUAAAGAACGAUGAUAAACAAUGGUUAGGUUUCUCGUCAACAAGUUAA